UCACAGUGGGGGGGAAAGUGACAGAAGCCUUGUGGAGGGAGACGCGGAGAGAGCGCUAGCGCCCAGCGCCCACCCAAUCUCGGGGGAGCGCUUAGCUCCCUACCCCGGCUCCCAUCCUGUCCAGGGGGCUCCCCAAGCCCUCAGCCCCACCCCUGGGCUCCCCAUGGAAGCCAGCUGUGCCCCGGGAGGAGCAGGAGGAGGAGGAGUCGGCUAGAUGCCCACGGUGCGCCCGGGGCCCCUGAGCCCAACACGCUCGGAGCCGCUGUCCUGAGGCCCCGCGCCCUGAGCCCCUCAGCCCGGGCCGCCUGCCUCCCACUACCCCUCCCCGGGGGCUUGACCCCGGACCUGCCCCCCGGCCUCCUGCCAGCUCGGAGCGGAGCGCGCAGCCGCCCUGGAGUGAGGAGAGCCAGGCCGAAGGGGGUCCCCGGAGCCCGCCGCGAUGGACGCCGUCUUGGAGCCCUUCCCGGCCGACAGGCUGUUCCCCGGAUACAGCUUCCUGGACUUGGGGGAUCUAAACGAGUCUGAUUUCCUCAACAAUGCGCACUUUCCUGAGCACCUGGACCACUUCGCAGAGAACAUGGAGGACUUCUCCAACGACCUGUUCAGCAGCUUCUUUGAUGACCCCGUACUGGAUGAGAAGAGCCCUCUCCUGGACAUGGAACUGGACUCCCCGACUCCGGGCAUCCAGGCCGAGCACAGCUACUCCCUGAGCGGUGACUCAGCGCCUCAGAGUCCCCUUGUGCCCAUCAAGAUGGAGGACACCACCCAAGACAUGGAGCAUGGAGCAUGGGCACUGGGACACAAACUGUGCUCCGUCAUGGUGAAGCAGGAACAGAGCCCGGAGCUGCCCAUGGACCCUCUGGCCGCCUCCUCGGCUAUGGCUGCCGCCGCCGCCAUGGCCACCACCCCGCUGCUGGGCCUCAGCCCCCUGUCCAGUCUGCCCGUCCCCCAUCAGGCCCCAGGAGAGAUGACACAGCUGCCAGUGAUCAAAGCUGAGCCUCAGGAGGUGAACCAGUUCCUCAAAGUGACACCCGAGGACCUGGUGCAGAUGCCUCCGACGCCCCCCAGCAGCCACGGCAGCGACAGCGAUGGCUCGCAGAGUCCCCGCUCUCUGCCACCCUCCAGCCCUGUUCGGCCCAUGGCCCGCUCCUCCACAGCCAUCUCCACAUCUCCCCUCCUCACUGCCCCACACAAAUUACAGGGGACAUCAGGGCCACUGCUCCUGACAGAGGAGGAGAAGCGCACCUUAAUUGCAGAGGGCUACCCCAUCCCCACGAAACUCCCCCUCACCAAAGCUGAGGAGAAGGCCUUGAAGAGGGUCCGGAGGAAAAUCAAGAACAAGAUCUCGGCCCAGGAGAGCCGUCGUAAGAAGAAGGAAUACGUGGAAUGUCUAGAAAAGAAGGUGGAGACAUUUACAUCAGAGAACAACGAAUUAUGGAAGAAGGUGGAGACCCUGGAGAAUGCCAACAGGACCCUGCUCCAACAGCUGCAGAAACUCCAGACCCUGGUCACCAACAAGAUCUCCAGACCUUACAAGAUGGCUGCCACCCAAACUGGGACCUGCCUCAUGGUAGCAGCCUUGUGCUUUGUUCUGGUGCUGGGCUGUCUCAUGCCCUGCCUUCCUGAGUUCUCCUCCAGCUCCCAGACUGUGAAGGAAGACCCCAUGGCCACUGACAGUGUCUACACGGCCAGUCAGAUGCCCUCACGAAGCCUCCUGUUCUAUGAUGAGGGAGCAGGCUCAUGGGAUGAUGGCCACAGAGCCCUGCUGCCCGUGGAGCCCCCGGAUGGCUGGGAGAUCAAGCCCGGGGGGCCAGCGGAGCAGCGGCCCCAGGACCAUCUGCAGCAUGACCUUCUGGACAGCACCCACGAGACCACCAAGUACCUGAGUGAGACCUGGCCGGAGGAUGUCGGCGGAAACGGCACCAGCCCCGACUUCUCCCAUCCCAAGGAGUGGUUCCAUGAGAGGUGGGGAUCUGGGCCCCAACACCACCAUUAAACUCUCCUAGACCAUGCCAAGACCCAGGACACAGGACGGACCCCGACACCCAGAAGAGGGCUUGUCUCGCUCACCAACCCGGAUCCGGCUUGCACCCCUGCCCCCUGGGGGUUCCCAUCCCAGGAGAAAGGGCCCCACUUCUCCCCAGCCCCUCUUUGCCCCAUUCCCUGUCUGGG